AUGGCGAUCACCACACAGGAGGCAGCAAAAGAUGGAGUUGUUCCGCUGCAUUUUCCUAUGCUCACUCUUACGAACUAUUCUACCUGGGCGAUCAAAAUGGAGGCUAACAUGGACGCUCAAGGAGUGUGGGAGGCAAUCGUACCGGCUGCCGGAGUGGCGGUGGAUGCAAGAAAGGACAAGAUGGCGCAGGCUUGUAUUUUUCAGUCUGUUUCAGAGGAUAUCUUGAUGCAGAUCGCUAAGAAGAAGACUGCGAAGAAAGUGUGGGAUAGCAUUAAAAUUCGCUUUCUUGGUGUGGAUAGAGUGAAGAAGGCAAGGCUGCAGACUCUCAAGAGCGAAUUUGAAGCCCUGAAGAUGAAGGAGAAUGAGUCUAUAGAUGAGUUCGCAGGAAAACUCAGUGCUCUGGCAAAUAAGUUCGGGGAACUUGGAGAAACCAUGGCUGAUGGCACACUUGUGAAGAAGCUAUUUGGCUCAGUUCUGAGUAGGUUUCUGCAAGUUGUCGCAUCUCUCGAACAACUAUUUGAUGUAGAUACUAUGGUAUUUGAGGAAGCUAUUGGUCGACUAAAAGCAUACGAAGAACGUAUACGGAGGGAAGAUCAUCAUGGUGAUCAGCUGCUUCUUACCCAUGAAGAAUGGAGCGCUCGGGCCAAAAGAGACAGUGAAGAGAAGUGGAAAUUAAAUAGGGGAGAGGGAAGCAGCAGCGGAGGCAGAGACAAAAGACAUAUCAAGUGCUUCAACUGCAAUAAGCUCGGGGAUUAUGUGUCUGAAUGUUGGAGUGAGAAGCGAGAUGAGGAGAUCAAUCUGAUUAACGAUGAAGAACCAGCCCUUAUGUUAACUAUAUCUGAAGAGGAAACACAAAAGAGUGAGAAGAAGGAAGACACAGUGAUGUUAAAUGAAGAAGAGGUAAUUCCUGAGUUAUAUAAUACUGAGAAAGAACAAUCGUAUAUAGAUGUGUGGUAUUUAGAUAAUGGCGCGAGCAACCACAUGACGGGGCAUCGUGAAAAGUUUCAGAGACUGGAUGAAAGCAUCAUUGUUAUGGUAAAGUUCGGUGACGGCUCAACUGUUAAAAUAAUGGGAAGGGGAACCAUUUUGCUGCAGUGUAAGAAUGGAGAUCAUCGUGUUCUCUCUGAAGUGUACUACAUACCAAAGCUCCGGAGUAAUAUCAUAAGCCUAGGUCAAAUGACUGAGAAUGGCAAUGAAGUUGAAAUGAUCAGUGAAUUUUUGAGAAUCUAUGAUGAAAAUGGUGUGCUGUUGAUGUCCAUGAGACGCACUUUUAAUAGAUUAUACAAGAUUCAACUUGAAACAUGUGAACUAUCCUGCCUUAUAGCUAGUCUGGAAGAUCCAGCGUGGCUUUGGCACACCAGACUUGGGCACGUGAACUUUCAUGCAUUGAAGGUGAUGGGUGAGAAAUAA